AGCAUCAUGCAAUAUAUAUAUUAGAUUUUAUAGAAGACCCGAUAGUAUGUGCCUAGAACACUCGUGCUGUUAAGUUGUAUUGAAUUAUCGUCUCUUACAAAGUGCUAUCUCGUGAAGUAAAAAGUUAAUAAACAGAUAUUGUCAGUGUUUUGUAGGUACUUUAUAUUAUUAUUAUAGUAUAUUUUGCUAUACCUAAUUGUUAGAAAAUGUACGGUAAAAUAUUGUUUAGUGUAUUCCAUUCGCGAUAGAAAUGAGAUAUUCCUGGAUAAUAUAUUUAUUUUUCGGAUCCGGCAUUUUUUGUAAUAGAAACACCGAAGGUAAGUUUAAUUGUACAAAUGGAGUGUCUAUCGAAUCGUCAAGGGUUCGUGAUGGUUGGAAGGAUUGUCCAGAUGUCCAGAUGGACGAAAACAAAAAAUUGUGUGAUCGAAACGAGUUUGGAACAAAUAUGACCACAGAUUGCGGUAGACUAUAUACAAACCAAGUAUUGAUCAAGAAUGGUCAAAAAGCACUUUAUAGAAUGGCACCUUGGACUGUAGGAGUAUAUCGGAUCAAUAAAAGCAAUUCCAGUUAUGACUUUAUUUGUGGAGGAUCAAUUAUUUCUUCAAAUUUAGUCGUUUCUGCGGCUCAUUGUUUUUGGAAAAGUGAUAUGUCGUCUAAUAGAAUAUUAAUAGACGGAGGUCUAUACAAAAUUGCUGUUGGAAAAUAUGAUAGAAAUAUUACAAUUAUUGACAAUAACUUUACUCAAAUAAUGAAUGUGGAAAUUGUUUACCUGAAAGAACGUUAUCAAGGAUAUAGAGUGUUUCAUGCUGAAGAUAUAGCUAUUAUUGUGUUAAAAAACCAAAUUUCUUUUAGUAAUAGUGUUGCACCUAUUUGUAUUGAUUGGAAUGGUGAAUACAAUGAAGUCAAUGGAGAUAAAGGAAAGAUUUUUGGUUUUGGAAAAAUGAAUGACGGCACCUUAAGUCCUAUUUUAUUAGAAGCAUCUUUACCAUACAUUGACCGUAACUCUUGCCGAAAUUUGUACACCAAUGAAUUUGAUUUAUAUGUGACUUAUGAUAAGUUUUGUGCCGGUUCUGCAUUGGUUUCAGAACAAGGUGUGGAUAAGGGAUAUGGUGGUACAGGGUUAAGCUUUUUACACUCUAAUUCUUAUUAUUUAACUGGAGUAUCGAGUGUCAAAGAUCCAGAGUCAAAUAGUUCAAUCGCUGUUUUUACAGAAGUUGAGUUCCACAUUCAAUGGAUUCGAGGACUCUAUAACAGAUACAGACGACAAGCUAUAUCAUCUUGCUCAAUAAACGUCCAAGAUCAGUUUAAUUGUUCAAAUGGAAUGUCCAUCGAAAAGUCGUGGGUUUGUGAUGGUCUUAAGGAUUGUUCAGAUGGUUCAGACGAGACCAGCGAGUUGUGUGCUCGAAACGAGAAUGGAACAAAAAUAACUGAGGAUUGCGGUAGAGUAUAUACAAACCAAGUAUCGAUAAAGAAUGGUCAAAAAGCACUUUAUGGAACGGCACCUUGGAAUGUUGGAGUAUAUCAAUUCAAUAAAAGGAAUUCCAGUUAUGACUAUGUUUGUGGAGGGUCAAUUAUUUCUUCAAAAUUAGUCGUUUCUGCGGCUCAUUGCUUUUGGAAAAGUGAUAUGUCGUCUAAUAGAAUAUUAAUAGACGGCGGUCUAUACAAAAUUGCUGUUGGAAAAUAUGAUAGAAAUAUUAAAAUUAUUGACAAUAACUUUACUCAAAUAAUGAAUGUGGAAAUUGUUUUCCUCAAAGAAUAUUACUAUGGAUUUAGUGCUUUUCAUGCUGAAGAUUUAGCUAUUAUUGUGUUAAAAAACCGAAUUUCUUUUAGUAAUAGUGUUGCACCUAUUUGUAUUGAUUGGAAUGGUAAAUACAAUGAAGUUAAUGGAGGUAAAGGAAAGAUUGUUGGUUGGGGACAUUUGAAUAACGGCAGCUUAAGUCCUAUUUUAUUAGAAGCAUCUUUACCAUACAUCGACCGUAACUCCUGCCGAAAUUUGUACACAAACGGAUUUGAAUCAUAUGUUACUUUUGAUAAGUUAUGUGCUGGUUCUUCAUUGGUUUCAGGACAAGGAGUGGGUAAGGGAUAUGGUGGUGCAGGAUUAAGCUUUUUACACUCUAAUUCUUAUUAUUUAACUGGAGUAUCCAGUGUCAAAGAUCCAGAGUCAAAUAAUUCGAUCGCAGUUUUUACAGAAGUUAAGUUCCACAUUCAAUGGAUUCGCGGACUCUAUAACAGAUACAGACGACAAGCUAUAUCAUCUUGCUCAGUAAACGCACAAGACAAGUUUAAUUGUUCAAAUGGAGUGUCUAUCGAAAAGUCGUGGGUUUGCGAUGGUCUUAAGGAUUGUUCAGAUGGUUCAGACGAAACCAAUGAGUUGUGUGCUAGAAACGUGUAUGGAAAAAAUAUUACCAUGGAUUGCGGUAAUGUGUAUACAAACCAAGUAUCGAUAAAGAAUGGUCAAAAAGCACUUUAUGGAACAGCACCUUGGAACGUUGGAGCAUAUCAAUUCAAUAAAAGGAAUUCCAGUUAUGACUAUAUUUGUGAAGGAUCAAUUAUCUCUUCAAAUUUAGUCGUUUCUGCGGCUCAUUGUUUUUGGAAAAAUGGUAUGUCAUUCGAUAGAAUAUUAAAAAACGAAGGUUUAUACAAAAUUUCUGUUGGAAAAUAUGAUGUAAAUAUUUCAAUUAUUGACAACAACUUUACUCAAAUAAUGGAUGUGGAAUUUGUUUACCUGAGAGAAGGUUAUUAUGGAAGUAGAGUGUUUCAUACUGAUGAUAUAGCUAUUAUUGUGUUAAAAAACCGAGUUUAUUUUAGUGAUACUGUUGAACCUAUUUGUAUCGAUUGGAAUGGUAAAUACAAUGAAGUCAAUGGAGAUAAAGGAAAGAUUGUUGGUUGGGGACAUUUGAAUAACGGCAGCUUAAGUCCUAUUUUAUUUGAAGCAUCUUUACCAUAUAUCGAUGGUAACUCUUGUCGAAAUAUGUACACAAAUGGAUUUGAAUCAUAUGUGACUUAUGAUAAGUUUUGUGCCGGUUCUGCAUUGGUUUCAGGACAAGGAGUGGGUAAGGGAUAUGGUGGAGGAGGCUUAAGCUUUUUCCACUCUAAUUCUUAUUAUUUAACUGGAGUAACGAGUAUCAAAGAUCCAGAUACAAAUAAUUCAAUCGCAGUUUUUACAGAUAUUAAGUUCCACAUUCAAUGGAUUCGUGAUCUGUAUAACAAACAUAACUAAUUCAAUAACAUUUCCUAUGGUAUUGUCAUUAAAAUAAUUUAUUCCAAUAAAUUGUUAUUUAAAUCUAGAUUUAUAUAAAUAGGUUUUUACUUAUUUCUAACAAUUUUAAACAGUUCACACAAUAAUUGUUCAUUUAAAUUAAACCUAACACAUAUAUUGUUAUAACUCAUAAUAGAUUGUUAGUAGGUACCUAAGCAUUAUAUAUAUAUAAUGUAUAAUUGACUUAUUAAAUUCGAACAGUUUUUAGCAUAUAUCAAUUUUGUAUUGUAGAUUAAUUGUUUUAUAAUUAUUAUUACUAUGUAUUUUACUUUGUAUUUGAAAUAUCUACUAAUAAAAUUGUAUUACUUUUUAUUAA